AUGCUUUCCAAGACUAAAGAAAACCAAAUUCGUAUAAUUAUUGAACCUACAUUUUCUCCAAUAAUCGAUAUGAUCGAACUUAUAUCCAAAAGAUCAUCUGAUGGCAGAAUUCCUGCGAGAGCACCAAAUGCUUUUAUAAUUUAUCGUAAAGUCUAUGUCGAAACAGCUCGCGAACAUGGUUAUUGCCUACCAAUGACCACUAUAUCUACUAUGGCUUCACAGAGUUGGGAAUA